CUCCUCCUCCUCCUCCACCCCCACCAACACCAGCACCUCCUCCUCCUCGUCCUCCCUCUACUUCCACUCCUUCCUCCCUUCGCGCUGCGCAGAGCCACAGACGGUCCUCCAGCCCCGUGCAGCAACCCGGUGCGAAGAUGGUUGGCGGCUUGUGUGCUCGCAGGUUGGCCCGCCGGUCGCGGUCCGCCCUGAUAGCAGCCCUCACGGUGCUGCUGGUGCAGACGCUGAUUGUGUGGAACUUCAGCAGCCUCGACUCCGGCGAAGACAGGGAAAACGGAGGCUCCAGCAUGAAGGGGAAGAGGGACCAGGUCGCAGGCAGCAACGCCGCUGGCAGCGACUAUUUCCAGCACGGGGUUCGGCAGCAGCAGCAUCUUCCUCCGCCAGGGAAGGGGACGUCUCUCCACAUACAGCAGCCGGAUGGAUAUUACUCCCACCGCCCGAAGGAAAAAAGUAGAGUCGACAGCAACAACGAGAACUCUGUGCCAAAAGACUUUGAGAACAUAGACAAUAGUAAUUUUGGCGCCCGCUCACAGCCACACCGGCAGUCUGUAGGGGCCAGCAGCAGCAAGCAGCAGCAGGAGCAUCUGCGGGAGAAGGCCCACGCCCAGCAGCAGGCCUGGCGGGACAAUUCCCCGAGUCUGGGCCGCAGUUCAAACGAAGUGCUGCCAGUAGGCCACCAACCGCUGGUGGUUGGCAAUAAUGCCUCCUACCCGGGUGGUCAGGGUAUCGCAGGAGUGUCGCGGCAACCCUACCGUGCCUCACAGACCCAGUCCCAGCACAGACAUCAGCACCCUCACAGGAGGCAGGCGACUGUAGCGCCGCUGGAGGUGACCUACGACCAGCCACCCAAGUGUGAGAUCAGUGGGAAGGAAGCCAUUUCAGCUCUAUCCAGGGCUAAGAGCAAGGAGUGCCGGCAACAGAUCGCUGAAGUGUACUGCAGACACAAGGGAGGGCAGUUAAUGCCUGAGAAGGUCACUCGCUACUGCCCCCUUGAGGGUAAAGCCAAUGCUAAUGUCCAGUGGGAUGAAGACUCUGCUGAGAGCUUUCCAUCAAAACCAGUCAGAAUAGCAUUUGUCCUGGUGGUUCACGGACGAGCUUCUCGCCAGUUUCAACGCCUCUUCAAAGCCAUCUACCACAUCUCGCACUACUACUACAUACACGUCGAUCAGCGCUCUAACUACCUGCACAGGCAGGUGCAGGCUCUGGCUGCACAGUAUCCGAAUGUGAGGGUAACACCCUGGCGCAUGGCCACCAUCUGGGGUGGUGCCAGCCUGCUGACCAUGUAUCUUCGCAGUAUGUCUGACCUACUGGCCAUGAGGGACUGGAGCUGGGAUUUCUUCAUCAACCUCAGUGCUGCCGACUACCCCAUCAGGACCAAUAACCAGUUGGUGGCCUUCCUGUCCAAGUACAGAGACAUGAACUUCAUCAAGUCACACGGCAGGGACAAUGCCAGGUUUAUCCGCAAGCAGGGUUUGGAUCGUCUGUUUUAUGAGUGCGACACCCACAUGUGGAGGCUGGGUGACCGUAAAAUCCCAGAAGGCAUCUCGGUGGACGGCGGGUCCGACUGGUUCCUCCUCAACCGCAUGUUUGUCGAAUAUGUCAUAAAAUCCAAAGACGACUUGGUCACCAACAUGAAGCGCUUCUAUGCCUACACUUUGCUACCUGCUGAGUCGUUCUUCCACACGGUGCUGGAGAACAGUGCCCACUGUGAGAGCAUGGUGGAUAACAACUUGCGCAUCACCAACUGGAACCGUAAACUGGGCUGCAAGUGCCAGUACAAGCACAUUGUGGACUGGUGUGGAUGCUCCCCUAAUGACUUCAAACCUGUGGACUUCCACCGCUUCCAGCAAACUGUGCGGCCCACCUUUUUUGCUAGGAAGUUUGAAGCCAGCGUGAAUCAGGAGAUAGUGAACCAGCUGGACAGCUACCUGUUCGGACAGUUUCCCCAGGGAACACCGAGCCUAAACUCUUACUGGGAGAAUGUGUACGACGAGCCAGAUGGCGUGGCCAGUCUGUCGGACACACAGCUCACAUACUACCACUCCUUCUCACGACUGGGCCUGGCCAGAGCUGCCGCAUCACUGCAGGGAAACCCAAAGGAUCACAGCUGCAGGUACUUCCCCAUGGGCCACCCAGUGUCAGUGCAUCUUUACUUCCAGUCAGACCAGUUCCAGGGUUACUUGGUCAAGCACCAUGCCACCAAUCUGGCCACUAGCAAGCUGGAGACCAUGGAAACCUGGGUGGCACCCAAGAAGAACUUCAGGCUAACCACCCCUCCCAGCAGCACAUUCAGCAGGUUGCAGUUUGCAGAGAUCGGUACGGAGUGGGAUGCCAAGGAACGUAUGUUCCGAAACUUCGGUGGGCUGAUGGGCCCCAUGGAUGAGACGGUGGGCAUGCAGAAGUGGAGCAAGGGUCCUAACGUCACUGUCACAGUUGUGUGGAUCGACCCUACCAAUGUCAUCGCAGCCACCUAUGACAUUCUGAUCGAUGCCAGCGCCGAGUUCACCCACUACCGCCCACCACUCAACCAGCCUCUGCGGCCUGGUGUGUGGAGCGUUCGCAUCCUGUACCACUGGAGCCCCGUGGCUGAGAUGCGCUUCCUUAUAGCCCCACUGGCCUACAAUAAGCACCAACCCAUACGACAAGAGGACACCCUGAAGCUCCACAACGGGCCAGCGAAGAACAGCUACAUGGAGCAGAGUUUCCAUGGCCUCAACCCAGUGCUCAACAUCCCGGUCAGCCUGGGCUACGUGGAGCAGGCUAAGAGGAACGCGGCCCUGACCGGCCAGGAGCUCGAGCGCUGGUUAGACAGCCUGGUGGGCGAGUUGUGGGAGGCAGCCGACAUCUGCGCUGUGGGCCCUACCGCCUGCCCUGUCAUGCAGGCCUGCCCCAAGAACCCUUGGAGCUCCCUGAGCCCAGACCCCAAGUCUCAUCUGGGACCACCGCGUGCCGACGGCCGCAUCAGGUAGCAGCGAGGCCUCCAGCUGGACAGGAGGCCACAGCACAGGAGAUUCACUGUUGUUUUUUUUAUUUAUUUAAGGGGUUUGUUGUAGGUCGGGGAAGGAAAAGUGUCCUUCCCCUGUACAGGGAAAAGGAUGAAACAAAAGAAAAAGUGGAUUUCUGGGGGUAGGUUGGUGAGGGUGUCUGGACAGAAAGCAGGGAGAAUGAUUUUCAGAUCCUCCCACAGGGUUUUUCCUUUUAUGGGAUUAUGCUGGCUUUGCUGUUUCACUUUCUCAGUGUAUUUAUUUUUCUUCUCAUGGCUGAGUUUUACUGUGAUCAAAGUUGCAAUUUUCUAGCAUUUAUUUUGCUGCUGGAUGAAUUAUGAAGUCAGCUUUUAAAGCCCUGCACAGGGCACGACGGUCAUGUGAGUGUGGAUUGUCAACACUGGUAGCAGACGAAGUUCUGCUGCAAAAAGGCCUUAGCUGUAAGAGUAUGUGUAUGUCAACAAAAACAAAAUGAGAUGAUAACUGAGUGUUCAGACAAGCCCAAACAUUCAAAAAAAAGAGUUUGCAUUUUGAUAUGCCACAAAUGCAGAGCCAUUAAAAGCAAAUUUCCAAGAAACUUUGAACAACAAAUAUUUCAGCAUUAUUAAAGCCAAUUACUUCAAAACCUUUGAGUUUCUGAUAGUUCAGUGACUCUGUUUGUAAAUCAGUAGAAUAAAUCAGCAACGGCAGCACAACUUCUUUCAGUUCAGUGCCUGAUCAGGAUGUGGAACUGCAUCUGCUGCAGUCACAUUUCGUAAAUAUGGAAAAAGAGAAAUGCAAAUACAGAGGCCUUCGCAGAAUAAUUAAACCUAUUUAGAUUAUGAUAGAGUGUUCUAAAUUCAUGAAUGCUUCAUUUCUGGUUGUUGUACAAUAGUAUUUUAAGACUUAACAUUCACAUAGUGAAGGAUUUUUUUAGUCAAAUCCAGAUGUUGUGACAGGCAGAGGACAAAGAAAGAAUUGUUUUGUCCAUUUUGGUUUUCUGACCAACCUGCCUCAAACUUGAAACACAAUUAUCUCAAGCUGACCUUAAAAUUCUUCUCCUUGUUUUCAGUGUCACCUUUUUUAAUUUUCUUCCAGUCAUUUCAAUGACACCUUUAUGUGUCAAAACGUGUGAAUGAGGGGUGGGGGGAUGAGUCCAUGAGUCGCUAUUUAUUUCUAAGUUUAUAUUAAUACUGAUAUUUUUAGUCAGUGACUAAAUAACUGCAACGCUGCCUUGGCAGCAUGAUAAAUAUUUUUUUGUAAAGAAAGCCGCCUUUAUUUACAAAGGCCAACACCCCAAACUUAUGCUGUACCUUUUUAUGGCCCGCACCUGUGUGUUAGUCAGUGUUGUCCUGUCUGAAUAGAUCUUCUUGUCUUGGUUUCUUACAUGGCUGUUUGCCAAGUGCAUCACAAGAGAAAACCACCCUGACCUGGGAGGUCAGAGGUCAGCUACCUAACAACCUCACCAAACAGAGAAGGUGAACAAAGACACUGUUCACAACAUACUGCACGUCUGGCCAUCGAAGGAGAAACUGUGCUUUUUGGUGUUUUACGGUUCCUGUCAGUUUAAGAAUGAUAGUGAGUGGUAGUGAUCUUCAUGCUGUGACAAUAAUGUACAAUUACAAGUGAAAUAUUAUAUUGUGUCUGGAUAACAAAAUGCAUCAUUUACUAGAUCGGGUCUAUGGCACCUUGUCAACUCUGUGUACAUUUGAAGUACUUUUUCUGCCAUCAAGACAAUCUCUGGACUUUUGAGACAGGUUGAUCACACUGAGGGUAGCGCUGUACCACAACACAUCCUGAACAGGAGGUAUGGUCACGCACAUGUCUUACUUUGGAAUAAGUUUCAUCUGAAGUCAAUUAGGAUUUCAAUCUGCGAUUGUCAACAUUGUUUAGCCACCACACGAGCUAAGUGAGUGUUUUUGCACAGGCUGAUUAAGAGACAUUACUGUUCAUUAAUGUCAAGUUCACCUUGCCUCUCUGUCGGAUGUGUCCAUUGUAAUUGCUAUCACUGCUUCCCUCUCAAAAAUACACAGUUUCUGGGGCUGGGUUGUGAAGGUCUUUUUUUUUCUUUUUCAUUGGCCAGUUUCUGCUGCCACCUUUUAACUUAUAGUGCCACCCUGCGAAGAACAAUUACUGCAUACAAUACACAUUAUUAUGUAAGCUCAAUGACAGUUUCAGAAAAAGGUGAAUUAAAUAAAUGUAAUUCAUGGUGGAAGUCCUAUUUUGUAACAAAUUGAUGAACAAAUGAAGAUGAUGUACAUAGGUAUUUUGUAUUGAACUAUUGUUUAAAAGGUAUUGUAAUGUAAAUACAGAUGUGGUAAAAUGACAUUGACAUUAUUAAGAGAUUUUGAAGUGUCAACAACUGGGUUUGAUGAAUUGUUUGACUGAAUUGAUGGUGUUUAUUGAUCAAAAUACAUAACCUGUUUCAGUGUUUAUGGACAGCUGUGACAGCAACCUUGUCCUAUUUGCCUCUCAGAGAAAAUCACAUGCCAGAUUGUUGUUGUUCUUUGCUGGAAUGUAAUGUUGAGCAACUGUUGCACAAAUUUCUCUGAAUCAACGUUUCCCCCAUUGUUUUGGUUUUUUUUUUUUUUGUUUGUUUGUUUGUUUUUGGGUUGUUUUUUUUUCGGGGAGGCUCUGUGUGCCUUAGCUGACUUUAAGAACCUUCUCUGUCUAUUAAAAGAAAAACCAUUUUAUGUUAUUUGUUUUGAUUUGUCUGAUUUGUCGAGUGAUUCACUGGUACUGCAACACCAAAAAGAUGUGUGCUGUUGUAUAUAUCAUCAGGCCUUCUGUUUUAUCAGCUUUUUAUUUCUUUCCUUUGGGGGAUUUGUUUUGUUGUACUUGACAGGCUUGUUUUACUUUUCUCUGACUGCUUUUUGGAAAUAAAAUUCUAUGGCAAAACA